CCCGCUUGUAAAAAAAAAAAAAAGAGAGACUUUCCCCCCCACGCUUCAUUCUUCUCUCCGCAUUUCCUUCAAAAUGACUCCAGCACCACCACUCCUCGUCCUUCUCCUCCUCUUCGUCUCCAUCUCCUCCACUCCCUCAACAGAAGGCACAGCCACAGCAGUAGUAGAGGAGUCCUCUCCCACCCCAACCGCAUGGCCUCUCCAAUUCCACUCCCUCCUUUACACCAACAACAGCGGCGAGCUCUCGGUCGUGGAUCUCUGGUACGACUGGCCCAACUCUCGCAAUUUCAACAUCAUCCAGCACCAGCUCGGCACCCUCCUCUACGACCUCGAGUGGGACAACGGCACCUCCUUCUACUACACCCUCGACGACUCGCGCCACUGCCAGACCUACCACUUCGACGUCGGCAUUCUCCGCCCCGAUUGGCUCGACGGUGCCAAUUACCUUGGCCAGCAGCGCGUUGAUGGCUUCCUAUGCAAUGUCUGGGAGAAAGUACAGUUCAUCUGGUACUAUGAGGAUGUCGAGACCAAGCACCCCGUGCAAUGGGUCUUCUACACAGGUAGAUCUGUCCAUGUGAUGACCUUCGAGGUGGGAGCAGUGCUUGAAGAAGCACAAUGGCAGGCCCCCGAAUACUGUUUCGAGAAAAAGGAAGGAGAGAACCCAAAGUUUCAAUCUAUCAUUUCAGAAGGUUUUCAACAGAGCCUCAUGUCAAAGAAAUAUCUGAAAGGUAAAAGGGAUUUUAAUGCAAUGGUGUUAUAAUAACCUUGCUUUAGUCUCUCUUCAACUUCUAAGAAUGGCUCUGUUAAUAACAUGGAUUGGCUCUUUCCUGUUCACCAGUAUCAUGGUUCUGGUAACUCUGCUGUAAAUUAGCAACUAUUAUUCACUAUGGUACAUGGAUUUGGAAAAUAAUGUAAUCACUAGCCCCAGUGUACCAUGAGAGAGGAGAGAUAAACCAAGGAUUCUGGCCAAAGAAAACAUAGGAUUUCUGUAUACCCACUUGCAUUCCAUAAGUAGUCACUGGACAUGAAGAUGUGAAGACAGGAACAUAAUUAUAUAAAUAAAAGAAUGAGGUAAAGGUUCAUGGUUGGUUUA